GUCACUGGGACGAGUGGCGCGCAGUGCCACGCGGGCGCCAUGCGGGAAGGCGUCGAAGACCACAUCGAUGAUGACGAUGCGGCCGCUGCCGCUGCCGCCGCCGUGGAGUCGCAGGUGAACCCGGGCAGCAAGGCGGCGCAGAAGGGCGUGCGCGAGGGCGACGUCAUCUCGAGCAUCAAUGGGCAGUCUACGCGCGCCGUCUCCAACAGCGACGCGCACGCGCUGCUACGCAACGCCGGGCACACGCUGCGCCUCGGCCUCAACGAGGAAUGCAGCGGUUCGCCCAAGCGACGCAACAUCAGGAACGCUCAGCAACAGCAGCAUCAGCAGACGCAGCCAACGAGGGAAAACCAUGCAACGAACGACUCAGUUAAACGAGGCGGCAGCAGCAGCAGUAGCAGCACCAGCAGCGCCUCUACCGGCAUCACCGUCAAGUCAGCCGACGGCAGCCCCUCGCACAGCGCCGCUGCUGCGGGCGAGAACGGCAAGGCGAGCCCCCAGCCAGCGACGUCGUCUGCAGACUCCUCCAAGGCCAAGGGCAGCCCGCUGCUGAGGGACGUGUACCGAGCUCUGUCGCCCUCCUGCCGCGCCUUCCUGCUCGCCAGAGGGGUGUGGACGCCUUCCCCGAAGCUGAGCAGCGCCGGGACUCCCGAACCUGGGGCAGGGGAUUCCCAGCAGCAGCAGCAGCAGCAGCAGGUGGAGGGGGGCGACGCCAGGAACCAGGGGGAGUCCCCGGCUCCCGUGCCCGUCUGGACACCGCAGGCCAGUCCCACCGUCGAGCGGAGGCAUUUCCGGCCAGUCAACUUCAGCCCCACGCCUCAACAGCAGCAGCAGCAGCAACAACAACAACAACAACAACAACUGCAGCGCAGAGAGGAAGCACAGCCAGAGUCCCGCCAGCAGCAGCAGGCAGAGCCGGUGCGGCCGCCAUGGGAGCAGCAGCAGCAGCAGCAGCAGCAAGGGCUGGAGCAGCAGGCGGCAGGUAGCGGGCGCCUCGUGCAGAGCCAGAGCGCGCCCGUGGGCGGCCUGUCGGGGCUGGCGCUGCCGCGGGCGCCCAACCCCACCGUCACCCUGCUGCAGAAGGCACGAGAAGGUCAGUUGCCUCGUGGAGCCCUGUACCUGGAUCACAAGAUGUCCUCCAAGGAGAGCGAUAAACCUAUUAUAGGACAGAACGAAAUCUUAUAUUCUGUCAAGAGUGAGUACGAAAAGGAAGUGGAAGGACACAGGAAGAAGAUUGUGGAACUGGGGCCACGCAAAUUCGAGGGUAUCGGGCCUAUGACGAAGGACGGGAUACCCAUCGUGCUGCGAUCGGAAGUGAAAGACAGCAACCAAGCGAAAUGGUACAAACGGAUGUACGACUCUCUGCAUCGUACUGGAAAGGAUGACGACUAUAUCACAAUCUAUUACAAGCCGAGAAGAGGUCGUUAUCCAUACACGUCGCCUGGUGGGUACCUCUCCGAACCAGAGAUCGGAGGAUAUGAUUCCGAUGCUGGCUAUUCGUCGAAAUAUGCGACUCUUGACCGACGACGAAUCAAAAAUAAGGAGAACGAUUUCACCACAAGCACGCUGCCACGCUCAAAGUAUGUUCCUCACCCUUCAUCAAUCAAAUAUGCGACAGAAAUAUACAAAAAUCAACCUGGAAGAAUAGAGGAUUAUGAACCAGGCCAUUCAUCAAUAUCAGAGCGUGAAGCAAAACAAUGGUGGGACGAGGUUCUGGAUAUAUUUGAUGGGUGGUUGGACACUCACGCUCCGUCUCCCAAUUAUCGCUCACUACUAGCGGAAGCCAUCUAUCAAAGACAGACAGCAGCAAAUGAACAGCACACACCAACAACACCGUCAAAUAAGUCUUUCAUGACAUACGCGCUGAAGGACGGCUACGAGAGCGACUCGACGCUGGUGUUCAAGCGGCGGGACGACCAGGUGCAGGAGCAGCUGAGCCCGGCGGAGCAGAAGAUGGUCUACAAGGCGAUCCAGCGCGGCGGCGAGGUGCCUCUGCAAGGCCUGCGGAAGCCCGCGCCACAGCGGCCCAAGGCGGGGGACCUGCCGGCGCUCGAGUACUUCCCCAUCUCGCCGCACCUGACGCGCAUCCGCGUGCGCCGGAACCCCGCGCGGCCCCUCCAGGAGAUCACCUGCUACCCCGUCACCGUGCACCACGACAACCCGCCGCCCCUCUUCUCCACCUACAAGCGCACCGCGCCCUCCUUCGUCUGCGUGGGCGCCGCCACCGCGACGAGGGCGACGGCCGCGGAGGCCGCAGCGCAGCCGCCGUCGCCGGCGCCACCCAGCGCCGCCCCCGCGGGCUCCGCGCCGCCGCCCCUGCCUCCGCAGCGGCUGUCGUCGCGCCACAACUCGACGCUGCGCAUGUGGUCGCGCAUGCAGCUGCCCGCCAGCCCGGAGGCGGCCAGGAGGCGGCAGCAGGCGUCGCGGCACGCCAACGUCACGUUCCUGCGCGAGCGCAUCACCAGCAAGCUGGGCGUCGCCCCCGCCGCCGCCGCCACCGCCGCCGCCCCCAAGGCGCGGUCGCGGCCGCAGUCGGCCUCCCCGGAGCCGGCGCGCGCCAAAGCGGCCAGGAGGGCGGCGCCGCCCACGCGCCUCAGCCGCUCGCCCGACCUGGCGUCGCCCGCGGAGGUGCGCAAGGCGCUGCAGGCCGCACCGACCGUCCGAGAGAGACCGGGCUCCAGGCUGCUGCCCCCAGGAACAGUGGUUCGCAGUUCGACAGCAGUGUUCGCGUCGGCUCGCAAUACCGGACGGCCGUCAGACGACAAGUCCUUACGUGUCACAGUGGCCAUGUCCGCACGAGGGCGCGAGCUUCUGCGCUCGUCCUCCAGCACGGUGGUGCCGUCCACUUCCAAAUCCCCUUCUCCGGCACCUUCCACACCUCGCCGCCCCAGCGUCUCCCCGGUGGGCCGCGGCGCCUCCCUCUCGCCGUCUCCGGGACCACUGCACAGGUCCCGCUCCAGGAUAAUAUCUGUGGUGGGUGCUCCGCCGUCCAGCCUCGCCCGCCGCAAGGACUCGGUCUCUCCGGCGCCCCAGAGGACCCCCUCGAGGACUUCUCUGGCACUGCGAGACGAAGGGAAAGCGCGGCCCAAGAAAGUGGAGAAGCCGGGGUCCGACUCCGUGAAGAAGAAGGUGAAAGCGCCGGGCAAGAGCAGUCCGCCCUCGUCCUUCUCCAAGCUGGAAACGGGGAAGGUGCACGGAAGCACCGGUUCGGUGCGGUCCGCCGCCAGGACCGCCCCCGAAGCGAAGAAGAAGUCCGUGAGGAAGACGAAGGCGGAAGAGGGUGCGCCGAAGAAAGUGGUGGCGGCGAAGAAGCCGGAGAGGCCGCCCGGGAGGAAGAAAAAAUCGCCACCGAGCUCGUCAGACGAGCGCAAGAGCCGCAAGGAGUUGUCAGUCGCGUCCAGGUCGGCGACUGUGGCGGACCUGAGCGCGCUCGACGACGAGCCGGCGUCGCAGUUCGGCGGCAGCGACGAGGAGGCGUCGGUUUCGGCGCCGGGCCGGUCGGACACGUUCUUCCGGCACCUGCUGCUGCGCGACGCGCCGUCGCCCGCGCCGUCGGCGGGCAGCGCGCAGCGCGCGCACUCGUCGGUGCUGGAGCGCGCGCGCCUCUUCUGCGAGCGCGCGGCGCGCGGUCCCCGCCGCCAGGCCGCUCCGCGCGCCGAGCCGCCGCUGGGCCUGCUCAGCGUCUACCUGUCGCAGCGCCGCCCCGUCACCGAGUCCAAGUUCCGCAGCCUGGACCGCGAGCUCAGCGCCGCCUCGCGCUCCGCCAGCCCCUCGCCGCAGCGCGCGCCCGGAAAGCCCUUCUGUUACUUCCCGCGCAUCGCAGCUGCCUCUGCAGCCGGCACUGGCGUCGUCAGCGAGAGGCGCGCCAUGUUCGGCUCGCUGGCUUCUUCGCGCGGAGUCAGUCCGGAUGCUGCUGCCGAGUUGAAGGAGAGGAGGAGCAAGAGCGAGCCGCCGCCCGCCACCAGCACGUCAACGGCCAGCUGGGUGAGCACGGUGACAGUGGCGGCCAGGUCGCCGCCCCCGCGCCGCCGCGACCGCGAGUCGCCGCCGCCGCCGCCGCCGGCGUCGCCCACACGUUCCCCGUCCAGCCGCAGGAUCCGCAGCGCCAAGGCGCCGGGCCCGCCGCCGUUGGUGGAGGGCCCCACCGGGCCCAGGCCGCGCCAGGUGCGCGCGCACAGCGCGGGGGACGCGGAGGCGCGCGGCGCGCCCGGGGCCGCCCCGCUGUCGCGCGCCGCCAGCUCCGCGUCGCUGGCGGACUACCCGGCCUACGUGGCCGAGCUGCUGCACUCGUCGCAGCGGUCGGCGCGCUUCCGCGAGCUGCGCAGCUUCUACUGCAGCCUGGAGCGGCUGGGCCAGCUGGAGCGCGCCACGUCGGCGGGCGACGUGCGCGCGCACGCGCGGCUGCCGGCCGGCUCGCUCGUCGUCGACGUGGAGCGCUGGCGGCGGCUGCGCGCGGCCGAGCGCGCCGACGAGGAGCUGCGCCGCCUGCGCAGCAGCCUGCGCGCCGCGCAGCGCGACCGCGGCCUGCUGUUCGCCGCCGCCGACGCGGAGCGCCUGCGCUGGCGGCCCGACCGCGGCCUGCGCUGCAAGGAGCGCUCCGUCGACGACCUGCGCCACGCCGUGCUCGAGGCCGCCGAGUCGCCGCGGCCGCCGUCGACGGCGCGCCUGCGCGAGCUGGAGCUGGCGCGCGACGUGUACAAGCCGCUGUGGCGCGGCGCCUCCGUGCUCGACCUGGCGGGCAGCCUCAGCUCGGUGGCCGGCUCGCACCGCGGCCGCGCCGUCGUGGACGCCCGCCACUCCGGAGCCACCGGCUCCCGGUCGCCGCCCCCCGCACUGAGCCGCCGCCACUACGAGGGCAUCGGCAGCCGCCUCUGGAGCAGCCUCUCCGUGGAGCAGGUGGCCGCGCUCAAGUCGCAGCUCACGGAGAUCUACAGCGGCGACGAACCCGCGGCCGCUUCCCCUACGAGGCGCCAGCGCCUGCAGGUACGCCGUAACUCGGCCAUCGGGCAGGAGCAGCUGAUGGACCCCGUGCUGCGCCAGAGGAGCGAGGCGCGCCGCGGCAAGUCGGACUCGCUGGCGGCGCUGCCGUCGCUGUCGGAGGCGGAGAAGCGCCGGCUGUCGCUGAGCCUGAGCCGCGAGGCGGCCGACCGCCGCCGGGGCGCGCGCUCCCCCAGCCCCACCGACGCCACGUCGCCGCGCACCUGCUACUCGCUGGACGUGUCCGCCGCCGAGGAAGAGGCCGUGGGCGGCCGCGCCAAGAACGGCGACUUCCUGCUGGUGCUGGCGCCGCGCGGUCAGCAGCGCGCCACCGAGGCGGAGGCGGAGACCGAGAGCGCGAGCUCGGAGGCGUCGGCGCGCACCGUCAUCCACGUGCCGGACAGGGACAGGGACAAGGGCAGAGGCGAAGCUCGGCUGGACGCGGAGACGGCGGCGGCGCGCUCCGCGGCGCGCAGGAGGGACGCGAGGGCGGUGACGCGCCACGAGCCGGAGGCGGAGGAGCGCGCGUCGCCGUGGGGUGGCGCCGGCCUGCCGCCGGAGCCGCCGCCCAGCCGCAGCGUCAGCGAGGAGCGGCCGCGCCAGCCGCAGCGCGAGGAGGAGGCGGCGUCGCGGAAGAGGGCGCGCAGCGCGCCGCCGGCGGCCGACGCGGGAACCGAGGACGGGGACACUGCGCGUGCGCGGCACCGCGACGGCGGAGACGCGGCCGCCAGGGGGUUCCCCUCGCAGUCCUGCGCCGACCUACGCGAGCUGUUCGGCGAGACUCGGCGCUUCACGGCGCCGCCCGUGCGCCCGGAUCACUGCCGCCGCUGGCUACAGGGUCGGCGGCAAGGCGAAGUUCGCCGGUUGCGGGAGCGCUUCGAGUGUCGCCAGAGCGCCGAGGGCGGCGGCGGCGGGGCGGCGGUGGGGCGGCGCUGGAGCAGCGACCCCGAGCUAGAGCGCGCUCGCCGCCCCCGCCGCCCCCUGGCCGUGGCGCGCGUGCCGCUGCGCGCCGCGCGUCGCCUCAUGCCACGCAUCAACGUCAUCAGCAAGGCGGCCGCGCUGCUGGGCCGCGCGCAACCGCCGCCCACGCCGCCGCCCCCACCGCCGCCGCCGCUGUCGCCGCACUACACGGGCGAGGUUCGCCGGCUGCGCGACCGCUUCGAGCGCGUCUCGCUGUUGGGCCACAUGUUCACGUCGGCGCCCGACGUUCGCGAGUUGCGCGACAUCGCGCCCUACCUCGGCUGCCGGCAGUGGGCGGCGCACCGCUUCCCGCGGCCCAAGUCCGCCUCGCCGGCACGCGCCCGGCCCGUGGGCGGCGCCGCCCACCGCGCCGCUAGGGCCGCCCCGGCGCCGCCUCCGCCGCAGCCGCUGCCACCGUGCCAGGCCGCCCCAGCCGCCGCCGCUGCGGACCGGUUUGCGUCGCAGCCGUUCGACCCCGCCGCCCACCGCCCCCGCAGCCGCUACCAGCCGCCCCCGCCUCCCCAGAGGCCGCGCACGCCGCCGCGGCCCACCGUCACCUUCCGAGGUUCUCCACCACGUCCGCGGAUCGCACCUUACUGGUGGCGGGAGCACCACUUAACCACACAGCAUUCACUCUCCACCCUAUCUUACUACACUCUUCCUCCUCUUAAAUCAUUCUUUGGUGCUUUAGCGCAACUGUCCGCCAGUCUCUGCCCCUCAGUGGUGUCACAUAUCGAUCGAUAUCGCGUAUCCCAGUGUGUGCAUAUACGACCAUUUAUCAUAGCUGGUGAUAUGGUCAAACUACGCUCAUAA